CAUAGAAGGUCAUUGUUUGCCAUCCCUUGUUACAGCUUAUUCCAGUUUUGGCAAAGUUUGUAUUUUCAGCCAUCCAAAUGGCUUUCCAAGUACGCCAGACUGUUCUGUUAACAGCUUUGUUGUUCUUCUCGUUUGAUAGGAUUGCAAAAUCGCAUGCAACAAAGCCCUCCAAACACGGCGAAGUUCACCGCGCGAAAAGUCAGAUCGACUCGUUGAUUUACAAGUUGACUUUAGAUUUGAAAACUUUUAACGAAAAGGAAACUAAGGCCGAGGCUAUGCAGAAAGAUGCCUCGAAACUGGCUCGGGUCGCAGAAGAGGAAAUCGCCCUGUUGAGGCCAGUUCAACAUCUUUUGGAAAAGCUUGCAAAGGGGAACUCCUCGAAUGGAAAAGAACACUGUAUGGCCUGGCCAGGCGGUAAAAUACGGAUACAAAUUAAAGCUGCAUCCCCUCUGCCUAAACACUUCACUAUAAGUGUACCAGGUAAGACGUCGAUAUUUAUCCAGUCAAGUAAAAUCAUUUGGCGUUCUUAAUUUUUCAGGCAAAAAUCAGAACAAAUAAAUUUCUAGCUACUAAAAUAUAUUACGGAAACAAACGAAAUUUAAUGACAACAAAUAUGGAACUAUUAAGUAUGAAACGUUUAGGAGAAAAAAUAAUAUAAGAAAAAAAAUUGGUUCAGAAGGGUAAUGGGUUGCUUAGUUAGAAAAAAAUACCCACACUUAAACUGGCAAAAUUGUUGAAAUCUCGUUAGACGGUUUUGGUAACCGAUGAAUCUUCCACUGGUUUUCAGCGUAAUUAGAAAUACCAACAUGUGAAAAUUUUAGAACAAAUCAGGUAGAAGCAUGAAUGUCCUAUGUUUUGUGAAAUUAGGUAUAACAAAUUUGAAACUUACACUGUAAAUUGGAAAGAUCUGCUUCGGGUCCAACUUCCAGUCAAACCCAGUAAGCCCCAAGUCUGAUUAAUUCUUUUGUUGAGCGAUUUGAGCAUUACAGCCCCAUUAUGGGGAGGGAUCCAGGAUUUUUUUUUGGGAGUGCACUCGUCCCUCACAGCCCAAUAAAAUUUGGUUUUUUUUUUGCAGAUCUAUUCCAGCCCUUGAAACCCCUAGAUCCAGCCAUAAAAGGUCUAUUCCAGUGCUGGUGGGUCCAAAUUAGCCCAGACUAGGCCGGGGGGCUAAAACGAUGUUUUUAGUUUACAGUAUAUUACGUAGUUCUGGUGUUUACGCCAUUACAAAUCAUAUCAUCAAAAAUUCUCAUUCUCGAAUAGCACUUCUUAUCCUGUUUUAAAUUGGAAUUAUUUGCCAUUCUUUCUUUGCAGUCAAGAUCAGACUCUCAAUUUCCGUCCUUACACCUGAACAAAAAUGUAAUAGUUUUGAGUACAUUGUGACGUUUCUAUCCACAGUUAAUCACCGAGAGCUGCUAGACAACGGACGAUUGACACGUGAAGAUGGCGAAGACUUGCAGGUCUAUUACCAUGACAACGGACAGCAACCGUCCCAAAUUGACCGCGUUAUCAGUGGCCUGGGAACAAAAUCAGCAACUGUCCACUUUCGACUGCAGGCUCCGAUAUCAUCCAACACUGGUGAUGACGUGUCUUAUUUUUUGGUCCUCGGUGCUUCGGUCAGCGGAAGUGCCAUGGAUGAUCCUGCCAAAGUGUACGCAUUUUUCGACGAUUUCUCGAGCGCAACUUUAAAGAAAGAAUGGGUGAAAAACUGGGGGAAAUGGAGCGUGCAAAACGGGAGGUUGCUGGGAGACAUGAGGCAGAGUAAAGAUUUAACCAGAGAUAAUAUGGAAGUCGGACUGUAUCUCAAAUCAGGCUUUCAAUGGAAAGAUGUUGAGGUCGAGCUUGACUUAAUGGAAAAAGGAGCAUCGAAUAGCUGUCCUGGGCCAUUACUGCGCCUCAGUAAUGCAGGCCUGUCCAAAACGACGGGUUGGUGGUUUGAAUACUGCAUAAACGCUGGCAGAACCUGUACGAUAAGACCCUUUGUCAAUAACAACGACGCCAACUGGAAAUACAAUGCAAAGUUACCCACGGCUUUCAAAUUAAACAAGUGGUUUCAUUUCAAAUAUCGAGUGAUGGAUGACCGAUUUUCACAAUGGGCGAACGGUAAACUUGUACACGACAACAUAAAAGUGAGCUCGAAAUGGAUGGUAUCUACAGGAACAUUUGGCCUUGCCUCUCAUCGCUCUCCCCAGCGUUCUAAAACACUUUAUGACAACAUUAAAGUGACUUUCGUAGUUUCCACACCCCCUAAAGUCACCCUGGGAUCUUUCCAAUCAUUCGUUCCCGCGAAAAGUGCCCUGCUAGGCGAGAAAAAGCUUCCCGCGGAUUCAUGCAAGCAGAUCCAUGAUGCAAGUCUUGCGAGCAACAAACCGCGCGCUAAGAAUGGAGUUUACUGGAUCAAGACAGACCUCCAAGGCAGCUCGUCUGUGCAGACUUACUGCGACAUGAAAAACGGUGGCUGGACCCUUGUCGGCAAAAUAAGCGGACAAGUGGGCAACAUUUACAGUAAAUGGUUGGUGUCUAACCACAACACUGCAUCGCUCAAGUCUCCAAAGAUCACAGGACAGAAACAGUUUGCCUGCAUUGACGCGCGCAGCUUAGCAGUAGAUGAAGCAUCCGCGGUCCUGUUGUCCAGCGGUGAGAGGAUGGAUGGGUUGGGGAGCAAGUGGGUCAUGUGGAGGUUGCCUGAUAGCAGAGAAAAAGACUCGUUUUGGCGCUACUCCGUUGGACCAUCAACUGUAGGGGCAGCUGUACAAACACCCGUCAUGGUGUACGCUUGGAAUGGAAACAAAAAGGUAACAGCAUUGAUGAUACGACUUGGCCUUUCCUUUCUCGAAAAUAUGCUGCACUGGGGGGUCCAAGUAGCCUCCCCGCAGACGUCCGUUGGGGAAAUGAAUGCGUGACAACCGAACCCCAACGGACGUCUGCGGGGAGGCUAGGGUCCAAGGGGACUGGAGCGCUCCCCACCCCUUCCCUAAAAGUCUGAAUCCGGCACUGACCUGUGUUCUUUAAGCCCAAGUUGUGGAGUGGAUAGCGUUAUCCACUGCACAAAUUUCUAUCCAGUGAAUAACGCAAUUGUUUCCCCUACAAUUGUUCAUUUAACAAUUUACUGAAUGAGACUGAGUAUGAUAAAAAAUUUGGCCCAUUUCUCGGCAUGGUUUCAGGAUUUUUUCUUCUUGCAGAUAUUCAUCAAAAAGUAGAUAAAAUCCAGCAGCCUCAUUUCCAGGAAAAUAUACGAUAAAUCAACCUGGUAUAUUGCUCGCAUCUUCCAAGUUUGAUCAAAGACGGCUGAUUAUGAAGAAUUUUGCCGGGAGAAAUGAGCCAAUCAGAAACGGCUAAAUAUUUUGAAUGAAUAAUAAAAUGAUUUACCCGGUGGAUAGCACUAUCCAACGCUAAAGAGGAGAUCUAAAGGAGGGCUUGUCGCUUCUAAAUUCGGUGGCAAAACACUUGACUGAAGAGAACAGUCAGCCUUGAAAUUCACACUCUAUCUCAGAGUACAUCUAUCGAGCGGUGCACAAAAUACUAGUUUAUAACAAACAAUCAGUCAACUCAAACCGGCUUUCUGUAAGUCUCUUGCCGAUUUUUUUCUCCUAGGUCUGUCACCAAAACAAGUUUGGAAUAAAACCUCUGGCUGGACAUGGAGGUUCGUAUCCUUACGCCUCUCUUGACACUGCCGGUAACACCAACGGAAACGACUACUGUAUGUCUGUUGGGGUCAUGACUAAAGGAUCUACUGCGCAUGGCUGGUCCCAGAAUGCCGAUGGUUACGAUAGUCCAAGCACUGAUUCUGAUUGGCCGAACAGGUCAUACAAAAUCCAGUCUCCCCAUCUGACGGUCUGGCUCAAGUAACCAUGGUUACAUUGGAAGAUUUGCUUCGCACUACGAGUUAACAGAAGAGUGAUAUUUGGUGAAGGGUUGUAAUGUUUGAGCGCUGGGAAAUAGUUUCGCAUUUUCGGAUUUUGCUCUUAUGAUAAGGGACAGUUUUUUUUUGUUGAGAGAAAGACUUUGUUGGGCUGCUUUGUUUUGAUUAGAGUACCUAAAGAACUCUAGGAAAAGUUUCUGUAGUCUUAAGGGUAUCU